AUGCCACUGACUGCGGACGUGGAGGCAAAGGCACAGCAGCAGGUUUCCAAGGGCCUCAGGAAAGUACUCGAACACCUUUCCACCUACGUGGACGAGGUUUUCACAGCCUCCCAGGCUACGACGGGACCCGCAUCGAGCCCUGUCCAGGCUCAGGCUCUCCAGCAGCAGCUGGACGCCGUCAUCGUGCAGGAGCAAGAGCUCCACGAGCAACUGGCUUCAGACGGUCAGAAGAUUCGAAAGACAACCCGGCUUCUGAACCAGCUGCGCUCCAUGUACUACCAGGACCUGGAGGCCUUACGGUCGCGCCUCAGGUCGCUGCUGUCCAGGUACUUGGAGUACUUCACGCCGGAGGACCUACAGAUGGCACAGGAUAUGCUGAAUGUGCGCUUCUUCAGUCCAGACUCCGCACUGGACGAGGACACAGAGCAGGCAGUGAAGCGCAAGGCAGAAAGCAUGCAGCAGACCUUCAACAUGGAGAAGGACGGUCUGCUCCAACAGCUGGCGGCACUCAGCCGUGAGGAAGCUGCCAUUCGGCAGAGGUUGGCGCAGGAGCAGAACAAGGUGCGCUUGUUGCGGGGCCGGCUGACCGACUCUCAGCAAGAAGACUUUGCUGAGGAGGAAGCAACGGACACGCCGGCAAUGGCAGCAGACGACGGCAGGAGCCACAUGGCCUUCAUCAAGAUCUCGGCACUGGAAGAUGCUUUGGAAAAGCAGGUCCUGUGGCUGGAGCGCCGCACUGACUUGCAGCAGCUCCAAGCGCUCGUCAGGCAGUGCCUGGAGAAAGCUGGUGCCGCCAAGUCUUCCCUGCAGGGUCAAGCUGCAACGGAACUCCAAGAAGCCAGCCUGGAGCGACAGCGUGCCGAUGCCGCAGAGAACUCGGCCAGGCUGGAGGCGGCCCAGCGACAAGAAGCAGAGAAUGAGCACCACGUGCUCACAGAGGAGCUGGUGCAACUGCGCAGUGAGCUGCAGACGCUGAGGGCAGAAUCCGAGCCAAAGGGGUCAAAGGAUGAUGGCACGGAUGCAACAGUUCAUCGUCAGCUCUCGAGCGAGCUGGAUCAAGCAAAGAAGCUCCUCAGGCAACAAAGCGAAUCCCUGCAGCAGAAGAGCCAGGCCCUUCGAAGAAUGGUCAAAAAGGUUGAGAUGCUGCAGGCCCUGGGCAAGGGAGGCGGAAGCAAGGGCCAGGCGGAUCCAACAGGAUCCCCAAGAGGCAAAGAAGACAAAGAAGGCAAAGAGUCCAAGGGCGGUGUUGAGGAUGGUGAGGAAGCGGAUGAAGAUGGAAUAGAUGGAGUUGAGGAUGGAGAUAUUCUUGAGGAUGGGGCGGAUGGGGCGGAUGGGGUUGGAGAUGAUGUGGAGGACUGGCUGAAUGACGGGGUGGAUGGGGCAGAGGCAGAGGACGUGGAGGACGGAGUGCUUGCAAGCGAUGGCAGCGGGAAACGUGAGGAAGAAGGGGAGCACGACGAGGAUAACUUGGAGAGUCAGCAGCGCCAGGACCCAGCAGGCGACGCUGGCAAGGAAAGCCGUGGAGAGGAUGUGAUGGACGAAAAUGACGAAGUUCAGGCGAACGCGAGCGACGUGUCACAAAACGGUGGAGAACGAAGCCAGACACCCAAAGCCGAGGCCGUGGAGCCAGGCUCAGCAUGUCAAGAUGGCUUCGAUGGCCCUGGGCCUCGUGAGGGUGAGGCCGGCCAGGGUGACGCUCGACAGGACACCCGCCAGGGCAGCCAGGGUGAUGCGAGCCAGGGUGAGGCCCACCAGAACGACACCCAUCAGGGCCAGGAGCAGGCCCACCAGAACGAUGCCCGCCAGGACGAUGCCCGCCGAGACGAUGCCGUUCGGGACGAUGCCGGCCGGGACGAUGCUCACCAGGACGAUGCCCGCCGAGACGAUGCCGGCCGGGACGAUGCCCAGCAGGACGACGCCCACCCGGACCAGGACGACGCCCGCCCGGACGAUGCCCGCCACGACCAUGCCAGAGCGAAAGACACCCACCAAGAUGGCGGCGACGCCCACCCGCACGACGCCCCCGACGGCGAGGCCAGCGACGUGGCCAGCCGACACUUCGCGAGCAAAGAGGACAGCCAGGAGUCGAAAGAGCCGAAGACGUUCGAGUCCACAGGUGUCCAGACCGACCUCAGCCUCAGCGCAGAAGUCGCCAUGCCAGGCACGGAGUCACGAGAUGUGAGGCCGGACUGCGCGGAUCCUUUGGAGACAGCCCUGGACCCGGAAAGCCUGGAAGGGCCGCUGGAAGGUGGUCCCGCAGAGCUGGACGAAGCCAGCCAGGAAGGGGAAAAGAUGCACUCCACUGGCGCGCCAAGGAGCCUGGAUUCGCGACCCGAACGUAGCCAGGUUGACACCAUUUGCCCAAGCUGUGGGGUCACCUUUCAGCUCGGGGCUGCAGAGGGGAACACGGCGAACACGGCGAACAUGGAUACAUCGCAGGGCCUUGCUUUGGAGGGUGGCACGGAUGUGGUGCCCCAGGCUGGGGAGGUCGGCACCAAUGCGGAAGCGAAUCACUUCGCGAUCGCUGCGUGUGCUGAGGAGAGAGGGGCGAACUCAGUGCCGCCGACAGAUGACGCACAUCGGGAGGCAGACGCGAACAUCGCGGAACAGCCGGCAGACAUGGAUGCGGAGGAACCUUCAGAUGGUACGCAAGUGGAUGGACAGGGAGGCAGAAACACGGAAGCGGAAGCGCAGGUGGCAGAUGACCUCGAAGCGAAGGUUCCUUCGCAAGCAGUGGCAGAAGUUCACCAGGAAGACGGCAUCCUGGGCAGUGAGGAAGAUCAUGCACAUCCUUACAAUGACCAGGGGGCUGCAGAAGGAACACAAGAGGAAGUCCAAGCACUAGGAGCAGAGGGUACGGCUCCAACAGCAGAGCGGCAAGUGUCAGAGGAACGUGAGGUUGACGGCUUGGCUGUGGAGGGGCGCGUUCCUCACUCGACACUGCCAGGGCAGGCGGCCUCGAGGUCCCAACACGCAGCUUUGGCAACAGAAAAGCCCGAUGGGUCCGGGUCAUUUUCCGCGGGAGAGGCGGCGAGCAACGUCCAAGCACUGGGGGAAGAGGGCACGGCUCCAACAGCACACCGGCAAGUGUCAGAGGAACGUGAGGUGGACGGCUUGGCUGCCGAGGAGAAGGUCCCUCACUCGAGAGUUGGAGAGCAGGCUAGCGAGGAGGCCUCACGCUCGCAACAUGCAGCUUUGGCAGCAGAGAGACCCGAUGGGUCAGGGCCAUCUUCCGGGGGCGCGGCAGCAAACAAGGUCCAAGCACUGGGGGAAGAGGGCACGGCGCCAACAGCACUGCGGCAAGUGUCAGAGGAACGUGAGGGUAACGGCCUGGCUGCCGAGGGGAGGGCCUCUCACUCGACAGCUACAGAGCAGGGCAGCGAGGCCUCGCAGUCGCAACAUGCAGCUUUGGCAUCAGAGAGACCCGAUGGGUCAGGGUCAUCUUCCGCGGGCGCGGCAGCGAGCAAGGUCCAAGCACCGGGGGAAGAGGAACGUGAGGUUGACGGCCUGGCUGCCGAGGAGAAGGUCCCUCACUCGAGAGUUGGAGAGCAGGCUAGCGAGGCCUCACGCUCGCAACAUGCAGCUUUGGCAGCAGAGAGACCCGAUGGGUCAGGGCCAUCUUCCGGGGGCGCGGCAGCAAACAAGGUCCAAGCACUGGGGGAAGAGGGCACGGCGCCAACAGCACUGCGGCAAGUGUCAGAGGAACGUGAGGGUAACGGCCUGGCUGCCGAGGGGAGGGCCUCUCACUCGACAGCUACAGAGCAGGGCAGCGAGGCCUCGCAGUCGCAACAUGCAGCUUUGGCAGCAGAGAGACCCGACGGGUCAGGGUCAUCUUCCAGGGGCGCGGCAGCAAACAAGGUCCAAGCACUGGGGGAAGAGGGCACGGCGCCAACAGCACAGCGGCAAGUGUCAGAGGAACGUGAGGUUAACGGCCUGGCUGCCGAGGGGAGGGUCCUUCACUCGACAGAGCAGGCUAGCGAGGCCUUGGCAGCACGGAGACCCGAUGGCUCAGGGUCAUCUUCGGCGCGCGAGGCAGCAAGCAAGGACUCGACAUCAACAGCACAGCGGCAAGCGUCAGAGGAACAUGAGGUUGACAGCCUGGCUGCUCAGGAGCGGGUCCCUCACUCUGCAAAGCAGGCUGCGGCAGCCGAGCCAGUCGAUGUGUCUCCUUCAUCUUCGGCACGGCUGAAGAACGGAGAGGUAAGCCCGAAGGUGAACGUUGCCAGCCAGACGGAGAAGAAAGACGAGAAUGAAAGGCACGAAGAGGCCACACAGACCUUGAAUCUGGGAAUGGAGGCUGGCACCCAAACCCAGGAGAUCCAGCAGCCAGAGGCAACUUUGGGCACAUUGGGCACCAUCUUCCAGCCACCAGGGUCACCAGGGUCUGAAGCUCUGCAAGCAGAGGACGCGCGCGCACUGCAGGCACAAGAAAUGGAGGGCUUCAAAGAAACGAUGGAUCUGGUGCAUGAACGCAUCCGCCGCUUCUCUCAGAGCUCGCAGUCCUCACAACAGCAGAGCUCUUCCACAGCCCCAGCCUCCGAGGCCGAGGCACAAGGCGUGACGCAGCCGUUGGAGUCAACUGUGGCGCAGCAGUCUGGCGUGGUGGGCACGGCCAACGGCACGGCCAACGUGGCCGGCGUGCACGAGACGGGCGUGGCCUCCGGAGAUGUGGGAAGGCCUCGCUCCAUGUCCGUCUUCAUGAAGGUGCCCAGCAGCCUGCAGCAGCGGGUCCCAUCGAAAAAGCAGCGGAGGCGACGCCGUCGAAUCCGGGCUUCGAUGCGCUUUCUGAACAAAGCCCCUGAGGACGCCAACCCAGUAGGUGGACACACGGCAAUCACUGCGGAUCUGGCGGAGCUGGGGUCCUUAGCGUCUUCCGAUUCCGAGGAGUCCUUGGAGGUUGCGGACUGCAGCCAGCAGAGCACUUUGAGUUCCACAAGCUGGCAGGAGCUGCCCUCGCAGAUCUUGACUUGGCUCAAGGAGAACUUGAUGCAGUCCGGGGAAUCAGAGGCACAUGGUGGCAUGUCCUGGGAGCCAACACCCCUAGUGGCCUGGCCGGAGCUCUCUGAAGAUCAGAGGUUGCGUCUGGUCAGUGACUUCGAACAUUUCUUGGAGGCUGGUCUUUGCCGGCCGAAGCCAUCCAAGUACGAGCUGUCACAAAAGUUAAGGGAGCGGUUACAUCAUAGCGAACCUCCCGACGGCAGGCGCCGCAGAGAUGCAGGAGCACCGCUCUACGAGUUCCCACUCAAUGUGGAGCCGGUGCAGAUCUCAGCACAGCUUCGCCGGGCCAUGGCCUCCGAAUGGCUGCAGCGCAAGGAGCGGGGCCUGCCAAGCCCAAGGCGCAGGGAGGAGCGGUCGCCACGCGAGAAUCUCGAGCCCGGCUUCUCUCCAGCUCGCCGCCGAAGCAGCGACCGUGGGAGAAGUGGCAGAAGUGGGAACCGAAGUCAAAGUGUGCUGCGAGUCGGGCAAGAACACACGGCCUCACGCUCUCCGGAGCAUCCGGAGCGUGUUCCGAUGGCCGAGUUCGUGCCUGAUUUUGAGGGCAUGGGCAGCCGCAGCCCACACCGAUCACGGGAGCCUCGCCCGAGCCGACCUCUUGCUGCGCAGGGCCCACGCGGCUCGCUGGGCUCACUGGCCCCUGUGGGAAAGCCUCUUGAUCUCCAGCGCGCAAGUGUGGCAAGGAGGGAGCGCAGGAGACCCACGGCUGAACGCCUGACAGAGCUCGCAUAUGCUUUGGCAGCAGUCGUAGCAAACACCAGGAGGCGGCAGCAGAGCUGGGCUUGGAUGCAGCUUACGGGACGAGAGGCUGACGUGGACCGACACGCCUCCUCUAGCCCAUCGCCCGAAGGUCGCAAUGGACGAAGGAGAGGGCGGCCAGCGCCGGAAAGGGGCCCAGGGCCGCCAAAUUUCCAAGAGCGGCACUUCGAGCGCUUGGAGCGCUUGGAGCGCUUGGAGCACUUGCGCUGGGAGGAACGCCAAGGCAAAGGUCUAGAGCGCAUGGGAGCCACCACCGCCACCACCGGCUUUCGAAGGCCGGCACCUCCCCCACGAGCAAGGGGACUCCAUGCACCGCAGUUCACUGCAAGGGUUGCAAGGUUGGCAGAGACGAGGACUGACAGAUGGCAGGCGCGGAGCUUCGAAAAUUAUGUCGGAUGCGUGGCCUGGAACUACCACGAUCGUCCUCUUGGAGAGCUUCAGGCUCCAGCGCUGAAAAGAGACUUUGGGGCCCACAUGCGAGACGACCAGGCACAUGAGGCACGGGUUGCGGCCUGGCAACGGCUCCUCCUCCCCAAGGAAAAUUUCAGGCUUUCGGACCUGAAUGACUCUCAUCAGAAGACUCUGGCAGGCCGGCCCAACUUGCCUCCGCUACCGCUGCAUGGGCGAAACGAGGAGUUCGAGCAGAAGGGGAACACCUUUCGCUGA